AUGGCUUCCGCACAGCUGCUCAACCUCCAGUGUGGCCUGCAAGACCCAGCUGAAGCCAUGUCUACUGAAGCCAUUACCAUCUCAUCAACAUACGAGAGCAGACUCUCUCCAGACACCGUGAAUGGCAACGCCUUCCAUCACAGUCUCCACCCGUCCGGCUCAGUCCCCAAGGAGGCGAAACAAAUACUCAUCAGACAUCUCCUCGAAAAUGCAAGCCUGGGUAUACCAUCUGAGGUGUCCGGAAAUGUAUCGGCUGUCACGUUCACUCCAAAUGUCAGCCCUUUCAUGCCCACGCCCAUGAAGAUGACUGAAUCUGUUUCUGCACUCUGGGCAUGCAUUGGACUGUUUGCCACUGCUAUAUCGCAAGGGCGCUACGGGGUGCCAAUGCCAAAGAGUAUAGAAGUGAAUGUGUACUCAGCUACUCUAAUGUUGAUGUCAUUAGCUCUCUUUGAGAUCGAGCGUUGUGACCAAGGCGAAGCAGCGCAGAGAGUCAAGUACAUUGACAAGGGCCGAAUUUCUGAAACGUAUAGGGCUAUGGCGACAAAUAUAUACAAAACAGCAGAUGGCCGAUAUUUCCAACUUCAUGGGAGCCUCGACACAACGCCUGUGCUCCAUAUGCUUGGCUUGGCCCAAAACCGCCCUGAUUUGGAAGGAGCACAGUUUCGUGAAAAAUCCAAGGAAGUUUACAGAGCUGCGGUUGCGGAAAAGGACAGUGCAUCCCUCGAAAUCGAAGUCAAUGAGCGAUGGCGUCAGCCAGGUGUGACAUGCCUUACCCUGCAGGAAUACGCCGAAACCUCGCAUGGACAGUCGAAUAUCCAGGAGCCUCUAUACACCAUCGAUGUUGUACACGAUUCCCUCCCGCCCGUUGGGUGGCCAGACAAGGAACGUCAUCUUGGUCCUCUGGCUGGAAUCAAAGUCCUAGAUCUUACAAAAGUGAUCGCCGGACCAACCAUAACGCGGAUCCUCGCACUUCUUGGUGCGGAUGUCCUGCGGGUUUCCACAAACACAAAGCCCGAUGCGGGAUUCGCUCUGUACGAUGGUCAACUCGGCAAACGAGACACCGAUCUCGACCUGAAAACCCGCCAAGGGAAGGCUAGCUUCACAGCCCUUCUGAAAGAUGCCGAUGUCGUCGUGGAUGGAUAUAGGCCCGGAGUUCUUGAAAGGCUGGGUUUUAGUAGCACGUGGAUACAAGAGUUGGCGCGGCGUCGAGGAAAAGGCAUCAUCUAUUGCAGAGAGAACUGCUAUGGCUGGAAGGGCGAAUGGAGCAGCCGUGCCGGGUACCAGCAGAUUUCCGACUGUGUGACGGGAGCUGCAUGGGAGCAGGGCAAAUUCCUUGAGCUUGACGAACCAGUCAUCCCACUACUUCCCAAUUCUGAUUACCAAACGGGACUCGUGGGAGGAAUAGCAAUCAUGCAAUCUCUUAUGAAAAGAGCUUCUUCAGGAGGUUCCUACAACGUUUUCGUCUCCCUCAACCAGUUCAACAACUGGUACCUUCGAUCUGUGGGUCAGCACGAUGAAGAGACUCAAGCCACAAUACGAGCUCUGUACCCGGGCUUUCUGCCUAGGCAUGACAUGGACAUUUUCGAGUUAAUCUCGAGGACACUGGAAGCCACCAAGACUGUGAACGGAGAUGGAAAGGGUCAACUCUUCGACCCAGCGAAGUUCACCACGGGUUCUAUUAGAUGGGGUAAAGAAGGAGAGAUAGCCAAAUACCUUGACUGGAGGAGAAUCGUGGUAGUAAAAAAUGAUGAUGGGGACGAUGGGGUUUGGUUCAGGUUCGAAAACGGGUCUUGCAUACCAGGCUCUGAUGAGCCGAGAUGGCUUUGA